AUGUCGUACUACUUAUUCAAUGAAACAGUCAGAAAUGGGUCAAAGAUGAACGAAAUUUAUAGUCCUCCAAGCAAAAAUGCAUUAACAGGGCACAUUCAGUCUAUUCCAUUGGUUAUCGAAGAUAAGGAAACUAAGAAAAUUAUUAAAAAAGCAUCCCUCUAUUUGCAUUGUUUACGAAAUGGGUCAAAAAUCGAAAAUUCCAAUUUCGCCAAUAUAUCGCUUACAGCUAUGAACCAAGAAGGGAGCUUCCAUAUUGAUAUAACCAAAGAAAACUGUGCGAGAUUUAAGAGGAAAGGUCACUUUACAAUUGCAGAAUGGGAGUCGAUAAUACAACAUUUAUUUCCUGUUGAUGAUCAUCACGAACCAUCCAUUGCAGACGACCUUGUUGCAUCUGCAAAAUUUAUAUCCCUAGAACGAUAUUAUGAUCCUGAUACUAAUGAAUUGCUAGAUGAUGAUGAAUUGCCCCUAGUUUCUGAAUUUAUUACUAUUGAUAUUAAAACGAAUGCAAAAUUGCCAAUAACAGUAGGCUCAAUUGACCUUCCAUACGCAGAUACAGAAUAUGAUCUGCAAGAAAGUAUAAUGAUGCGAGAGGAACAGAACUUAUUCAACUGGAUUGAUCUCUUACUCUUAAAUAACCAAAAAUUAAACAAGGAAUUACAUGCGUCAAGGCAAUCGAAUUUGAUGUUAAAGGAGGAAAACGAACAAUAUCAAAACGAAUUGGAAACAAGUGCUGUUCAGCAUAAGAAAAUUAUAAGCGACUUUCUGGACAAAUUCUAUCAAGUUUUGAAUGCAAAGAAAGAUAAAAUUUGGGAAUUGGAAAAUAAUAAUUUAAAACAAUUAGAGGGUCUAAACGAAAAGUACAUAAACCAAAAUAAAUUUAAUUUAAAAAACUACACUAUAGACAAAGACAAAAUUCCUGAUGAACUAGAUGAAGUUUACACGAGUCCUACUAAACGGAAGAAAAAUGCAACUAGCCCGAAAUCGUCCCUGCAAAAACGUCGUAAAAGAAGUACCAAAGCAAAUGACCCAGAAGAAAUAUCGGCCGAUGAAAACACUGAAGAGCAGACACAUCGCAUAACGAGGUCACAAGAUAAGUCUAACCACUUGGCCACAGCUACAAAUGGCCUAUCAGACAGAGAAAUUGUGACCAGUAUAUUAGAUCAAGAGCACGAGAAUCCAACUACUGACGUGGACGAACUGUAUCUGCUGCAUCUGUCAAAUGAGAGAAGUUCGGGAUCUCGAGAUGUCACAGACUACAGCGACAACGACGAUGACAACGACGACAAUAACAACAAUAGCAACAACUCAAAUGUCGUCAAUGAAACGACAACCAAAGAGGCAAAGAAUCGUCCACUGCAAUCUGAAACUCGCCGGUCUAUCGACACAGCCAAGUCAUCAUCCGAUACGGCAAAGCGAGGUUCGAUCACCGAUUAUGAGUCCAAUUCUGACACCGAUAUAAAGGGGUCAAAUCAAAUGCUGAACUCGAAUACGGACGAAAUAGCAGAUAGUCUACAAUAA